GGCCCAAACUCCAUAACCACUUUCCACAGAAGCAAACCCAACAAGCAAAUUACUCGUGUAAGACACAACACACUCUCACAAACACACACAGACAUACCAAGAAAAAAGAAAAAGAAGAAGAAGAUGAAGAUAGAAGAAGUACAAUCAACUACCAAAAAACAGAGAGUUGCCAGCCACACUCAUAUCAAAGGCCUUGGUCUUGAGCCAACUGGAAAGGCGAUACCUUUAGCUGCUGGAUUUGUUGGUCAAGCGUCAGCAAGAGAGGCUGGUGGACUUGUAGUCGAUUUGAUUCGCCAGAAAAAGAUGGCGGGGCGGGCGCUGUUACUUGCUGGACCUCCUGGUACCGGCAAAACUGCCCUCGCCCUUGGUAUCUCUCAAGAGCUUGGUACUAAGGUCCCGUUUUGUCCAAUGGUUGGAUCAGAAGUCUACUCUUCUGAAGUAAAGAAAACUGAGGUCUUGAUGGAGAAUUUCAGGAGGGCUAUUGGUUUGCGUAUCAAGGAAAAGAAAGAUGUUUUUGAAGGAGAAGUGACUGAGUUAUCUCCGGAGGAAACCGAAAGCAUGACUGGUGGAUACGGUAAGGCUAUAAGUCAUGUUAUUAUUGGCUUAAAAACUGUUAAAGGAACAAAGCAGUUGAAGCUAGACCCGACUAUUUAUGAUGCCUUGAUCAAGGAAAAGGUAGCUGUAGGUGAUGUCAUAUAUAUAGAAGCAAAUAGUGGUGCAGUUAAAAGGGUAGGCAGGAGUGAUGCAUUUGCAACAGAAUUUGAUCUCGAGGCUGAAGAGUAUGUUCCACUUCCAAAAGGAGAGGUUCAUAAGACGAAAGAGAUAGUUCAGGAUGUUACGCUUCAUGAUCUUGAUGCUGCAAAUGCACGGCCUCAAGGAGGGCAAGAUAUAUUGUCACUAAUGGGUCAAAUGAUGAAGCCUAGAAAAACUGAAAUCACUGACAAAUUGAGACAAGAAAUUAAUAAGGUUGUUAAUCGUUAUAUUGAUGAAGGGGUGGCAGAACUUGUCCCCGGUGUGUUAUUUAUCGAUGAGGUACAUAUGCUGGAUAUGGAGUGUUUUUCAUACCUAAAUCGUGCUUUAGAAAGCUCGCUUUCUCCAAUUGUAAUCUUUGCAACCAAUAGAGGGAUAUGUACCGUAAGAGGAACCGAUAUAGCGAGUCCACAUGGCAUACCUUUGGAUCUGCUAGACAGGCUCGCUAUUAUACGAACAGAAACAUAUGGCCCGGCUGAGAUGAUUCAGAUAUUGGCUAUUAGGGCACACGUUGAGGAACUAACUAUCGAUGAAGAAAGUUUGGCUUACCUCGGUGAGAUCGGUCAACAAGCAUCCUUGAGGCAUGCUGUACAAUUACUAACGCCUUGCAGCAUUGUGGCAAAAAUGAAUGGCCGCGAUGCUAUUUGCAAGGCGGAUCUCGAGGAAGUAAGAAGUCUUUAUCUGAAUGCAAAGUCCUCGGCCAAACUUCUACAAGAGCAACAAGAUAGAUACAUCUCUUGAGAGCUUGGAAUUGUAUUGAGCUUGUUUUCUGAUGUAUUUCAAGUGUUCAAAACGCCCCUUGCAGAUAAUCCAAUCCUGGAUUUAUUUAGAUGCUUGGAAAUUGUUAUUAGGUUCGAUUUGAGCAAAUGUUUUGUUAUAUGAGUUCAAUCGACCAUGGUAGGGUGUAGAAGAAUUCAAAUACUAUUUCUUAGUUGAUCUAGCAGAAUGAAAAAGACGAGUUGCUUUGGUUCUUUUUAUGUUUAAUAUAACCAAGUGAACCAGACCGGGUUUUUUGUGAA